GAUACCAGUUAAAUAGUUGUGAUAAUUACUUCUUAAUCAAAUGUAGCAGUUGUAAAACAGAUAAAUAAAAGGAAGAUUGAAUUAAGAGAAGAGAUAGAUAACAAGAGAGAGCUUGGGUAAAGACUGAAUAGACAAGAAUGGGGGAGGAGAGUGCAAUAGUAAACCUUCCUGUAAUCGAUUUAGCAGCGCCUGAUCGACUCGUUACUGCUGCUACACUUCGUCAGGCGUGUAUCGAAGUUGGUUUCUUCUACAUUGUGAAUCAUGGAGUUGACAAAGAUCUGCUCAACAGAGUGUUUGAAGAGAGCAAUAAGUUCUUUUCAGUUCCUCUGGAAGAAAAAACGAGACUUAAUUUGAAGGAAUUUAGGGGAUAUACAGCAUUGUAUUCUGAGAAUGUGGAUCCUUCGAGCACUAAAGGUGACUCGAAGGAGUCUUUCUAUAUUGGCCCGCUUCAUGAUAAAGUGUGCAACUUGAACCAGUGGCCUUCUGAAGAGCUUCUUCCGAGUUGGCGACCAACAAUUGAAGCAUACCAUAGACAAAUUCUGAGUGCAGGGAAAAAUUUACUAUCACUUCUUGCGCUGGCCUUGAACUUGGAUGAGAACUUUUUUGAUAAAGUAGGAGCUGUGGAUCCACUAAUGCCUUUUCUUCGCCUCAUACACUACCCAGGUGACCUCCGCUGUGACAAUGAAGAAGUUCUAGGCGCUGGUGCUCAUUCUGAUUACGGAAUGAUCACUCUGUUGGCAACUGAUGGUAUUCCUGGACUACAGGUCUGUCGAGAAAAAGAUCGUCAGCCACGUAUAUGGGAGGAUGUUCCUCAUAUUGAGGGAGCGAUAAUUGUUAACAUUGGAGAUAUGACGGAGAGGUGGACAAAUCGUUUAUUUAGAUCAACUUUGCACAGAGUGGUGCCAACGGGACAAGAAAGAUUCUCUGUCGCUUGUUUCCUUGAUCCUCCGCAUAAUUUUUCAGUAGAGUGCUUGGAUACUUGCUGCAGUGAGUCAAAUCCUCCCAGAUUUCCCGGGAUUCGCUACAUAGACUAUAUCCAAGAAAGUUACAGAAAUAUAUUUGAAGCUAAGUAGCCACCUCUACUGUAGUCUACCUUAAAGCUAGCUCGGGCUCCGUUAUCACCUACUCGUUCCUUAAAAGCUCGAGUGUUGGAUGUUAUCACCUAGUCAAUGUGCUUUACGUGGAUGUAAUGUUCGUACGAAGUUUAUUAGCCAACUAGUUCUCUCUUUUGGCCACAUUUGUUUGCCCAGGCAAUAGUUCUUCCUUAGUAGAAUUGAUGUAAUAAAGAUAAUGUUCACUAGUAUAUGGUAUAAAGUGAGUAAUAACAGGAUUCUUAUGUAAUUUAUCAGGUUAUCUGUAUGUUACAGAAAAUACUUAUGAUUGAACCUUGUAAUAUUGAUUUAUGAAUAAACAUUUGAUUGAGUUGUUUUA